UCUGAAAGAUGUAUGAUGGAUACCAACACUUUCCUCUGGGAAAUUAACCAGGACAGGCCAGAGGAAUAUGCUGUUCUCAUGUAUGAUGCAUUUGGGAAGAUGGGUAGCAAUGUUGAAGGAGGGAACACCAACCAGCCUGGCUUGCUGCAGCAGUGUCACUCUGCCCACAGUCCCACCUUCUCUGGAAAGUACUGCCAAGUGUUCCUUAGGCAGGGAACAAUCCAAUACUUUGUGGGUAUUUGUGUUCCUGACUCCUGCAAGGAAGAGGAGGUACAACUGCUGGUGCUGCAUGGGAGAUUUCAGUUUGGUCAGAUGUCCCUUAUUCCUCCUUUACCUCCCAUCCUGGUCAAUCAGUCUACUCAGGAGAUGAUCAUGACUCACUGCUUGUCUAACAAUAUUGCACCCGAUGCAUCAGAUGUCACCUGCCUGUUUGUGUGUUGCAUAAUGGUAGCGAUUCCUCUUGCUGCUACCCUGUUCACAGCUAUAAUAAGGUGGCAACAGAAGAGAGAGGUCAGUCCAACAGUGGAGUCUUCCUGUUUAAACUCUGGACUCAACCCUUAUGGGACCAUGAAGACCAAUGGCUCCUCUAGUGGUGAAAUAAAUAGUAGAACAUCAGAAGAAAAUGGUAACACCAGGGACAGAUCACUGUGUUUUCCUCGGAGCUGUGUGCACCGGUGCCUUCAGGCAUUCUCUCUACAGAUUACCAGCCAGGGUGUCUUAAGCACUUCCUCAUCCAUCCCAGGAGGAGGCUACUCCUCCCUGAAUGGCAUCCGUGUUCUCAGCCUGUUCUGGAUUAUAUGUGGACACUCUGCACAGUUCCCUGUAAUAAACAAUCUGGAUAACUAUAAAAACUGGAGGAAAACAGUUGAAAGAAACCCUCUGUAUGUUUUAACCAUUAGUGGACCUGUUUUUCUGGCUGUGGACACCUUCCUACUGCUGGGGGGUCUGCUUAGUGCCAGGUCUCUGCUGGGCUCCAUCCACAGAGCUGAGGACAAACUGAGUCCCAGUUUGGUGGCCGAGUACCUCUUCAAGAGGAUUAAAAGGGUUCAACCACUGCAUCUGUUCAUUAUGUGUCUAACUAUUGGGCUAAUCUCUGUGGUCCAAUGGGGACCCUAUUGGUUCCCAUUUAUCGACACAUUGAUGGACUGUAAGACGUACUGGUGGGCUAAUUUACUAUUGAUUAGCAAUCUCCUCCCGGUCCAUGAGAUAUGUGUUCCUUGGACAUGGUACCUGUCUCUUGACUUCCAGUGUUAUGCCACCACCCCUCUGCUGGUCUAUUUGUACAGACUGAACCGAGGUGUGUUUUCAGUUGUGGCAGGAGGUCUCCUGUUGAUGACCACUGCGGCUGGUGCUGUUAUUACCGCACUUCUGCAGCUGCCAGUCUUCCAGCCGUCUACACUGACAUCUGAGCAUUACGUCUUGUAUUACUAUGUGAAGCCCUACACCAGAUAUGGGCCGUUUUUAAUAGGAAUCUUGACUGGAAUAUACCUGACUACAAGGAAAGAUCGGCUAUUAAAGCAAAAGUGGCAGGCAGCACUUGGGUGGGUCGGCUGUCUGUCUCUCAUGGCUGUGUUGGUUGGACUGGCCUACAUCCUCAGGGAGACCCCGACCUAUCCCUCGCUACCACAUGCCCUCUACCAGGGACUGCACAGACCACUCUGGGCUCUGGCUGUGACCUGGAUCAUACUGGCCUGCGAGGAGGGCUACGGAGGUUUCAUUAAGAGCCUCUUGUCAUUCGGUCUCUGGGUUCCUCUUUCCAACAUUAGUUUUGCCUGCUACCUAACACACCCUGUCUUCAUCAUCCUCUACAUUGGCCUGCAAGAGACCCCAAUCCACUACACAGACAUCAACUUUAUGUACAUGUUCCUUGGCCACCUGGUGCUCACAUUUGUGGUGAGCUAUGUAUUUACUGUGCUGGUUGAGAAGCCUUACCUCCUCCUAAAAUGGAGCAGUGCAUAG